AUUUACUCCUGCAGCAACACUGGGGCGAUGCCCCUGAAUCAGCCAAGCUGCUGAGACCAACGUCUGUGCGCUCCGCCCCAUCCACCUGACGUGCGUCACAGGCCCGCCCCAUCAUGCACGCCCGUGUUGGGUGCACUCUCCAUCUCAACCCACCCCGUGGACCUCCUCCCCAUGUCAUCGUGAAAUUGCCGAGUUGAGGGUUUGGCCAUCCCUUUCCCACGUGUCCCAUCGCCGCAUUUCGGGAGAUCCUCGCUCCCACUACUCACUCCCAUCCGCACUCGUGCUGUCAAAGGCGCUGGAACCGCAAACAGCAGUGUCAUGGUUUCCGCCCCCUCCAGUCGGCAUGCUGCCGAGGAGGAGGCGCGCGCCGAGGUCGACGUCCUCAAGUCGCAUCUUGACAAGCGGGCCCAGUUGACCAAGAAGAUCGAGGCCCAGCUCUCUCGCGUGCAGGGCACGGGCAAGCGCCUCAACGAAGCCGUCGGCCCCCUCAACGGGGAGACGAAGCAGCUGCAGGUCUUCUGCAACAACAUCGACGGCGUUCUCGCAGCUAUCGGCCGACUGCGACAGCAGUCCGAUAGCAAGAAUGACGAGGAGCAGAUCAUCCGCAUGGGCCCCGAGAAGGCCGGCCUUUCCAGCUACCUGAGCUCGCUCAAGCGUCUGAACAAGGCCCUCGCUGACAUGAAAGCCUCGAACCUACGCUCCACACAACAGACGACCUCAGACCUACAGCGAUUGAUAAAAUCAGGGAAUACGCAACUCGAGGCUUAUUUCGACAAGGUCCUCCGAAGUGAGACACCCCGGUCCAUCGAGCCGCUUCACUACAUCACGAAGCAGCAGCCCUUCCCUGUGCUGUCCCAGGAUAAGAACAACAGGCUGGGCCUCGUCAACUCGUAUAUCGCCGGCGCUCACCGCGAGAGCGGCGUCAUGCAGGAAUCUCCGGCAGCCAAGAUCUACACCGAGAUUCGCGGCCAGUACCUGACGGCGACGCUGUUGAACCUGGCGUCGGCAAGUGUAAACACCGCCAAGAGGAAAGACACCUCGUCAAAUUACCGCGCCGGAACAAGUGGCAUCGGGACAUAUGCUCAAGCAAUGGAAGGCCUAUUCUUGGCCGAGUAUGAGAUAAUAUGUCGCAUCUUUACAAGGGAGGACUGGGGCCCUGUGUUCCAAUCCACCUGCCAGGCACCCCUUGCCGAACUCGCCCGGACAUUGCGAGAGCUGAAUAUCCACAUCAGGAGUCAUCUUAACACUGACUGCUUCUUGGCGUACGAGAUUGUCGAAGUCAUGUCAAACCUUUCGAACAACCUCGACUCCACAACAGGCGAGCUAAAGGCAUCGCUCGCAGCAGCGCUUAAGCCCGUCAAGGAGACGGCCAAGUCGUCACUGGCCGAACUGCUAGACACAUUGCAGAUGAAGAUCAACAGCCUGCAGAUGCUGCCCACGGAUGGCGCUCCCGUGCCGGUUGUCUCGGACACUUUGCAGAGGCUACAGACGAUGGCGAAUUUUCUGCGGCCAAUGUCGAUGAUUAUGGUAUCUUUAGGCGACGGGGGCUGGAAGUCGGCAGCGGCAGCAAGGAAUGCUAGCGACAGCGUGCCAAACCUUGCGUCUUUUGACGUUAGUGCUGAUGGGAAGGAGAUAUUCGCCAAUUAUUGCGCGGACACCAUUGAGACCCUCUUCUCGUCAUUGGAUGCCCGUGCCAGAGCUCUUUUCGGGCGGAAACCAGUCGUGGGGGUCUUCAUGGCCAACAACGUUGUGAUUGUCGAGCGCAUGAUCCGGGACUCAGAUCUUGGUCCUAUGCUGCAGCAAAGGAUACCGAGCGUUAUUGACACCUGGCGGAAGAAGGCUAACGCAACGUACAUGGACGUCUGCAAGGAUGUAUCGGUUCAUCUCCUGGAUGUGAUACAUACCUCUCGGGCGAACCGACCAACGUCUGGACAGGGUAUUGUGGACUCGGCGUCGAUCAUGAAGGGGCUCUCGUCCAAGGACCGGGAGAAGAUCAAGGACAAGUUCCAGGCCUUCAACGCCAGCUUUGACGACAUGGUGACGAAGCACAAGCAGUACAGCAUGGAGCCCGAGGUCCGCCGAAUGUUCGCAAAAGCAGUCCAGCAGACGGUCGAGCCGCUGUACAACCGAUUUUGGGACCGAUACCACGAGGUCGACAAGGGCAAGGGCAAAUACGUCAAAUUUGACAAGUCGAGCAUCGCGGCAGUUUUCCACACACUCUAUUAGCCAGACCAUCACUCGGAGUACCACGUUUAAUCCAAUAAUACCCCAUCUUUUCUCCAGCACUCGUGUCAUGCACCAUGUACCUGUCUGGUCUUGCAGAAGCAAAGCUGCGCGGGGCGAAGUGACUGUCAACGCACGUGCGAAGAAGCAAGCUACUCUGGGAGGUUAUCCUCCCGCCUGACCGCGGAGGGUUGCACACGGCAACAGUACCCAGGACGGGACAAAUUCGCUCAACAGACGGCCGAAGUUCCAUGACGGCCGUGUCACAGGAUCAAGACUGUCGGUAGCCUGCCCGUGGCCUCGUCGACUGCAGCCUGCCUAGCGCUGACGACUUCCCUUCCUAUCCACGUUCUGGCUUGCCCAGGCCCGACUCUGUCAUUUAUGAUAUCUGCUACCCUGCCCGGCGGCCUGGGAUUAUCAAUUGCGUGGCGGGCCGGCCUCUCCCUUGGCCUAGUCCUUUUCCUCUUGUCCCAUCCCCUGCCAAAUGCCCCGGCCGUCUUUCGGUGGUGGAUCCGGCAUGCUUGGUAAAGUCGGGCCCCCAUCUUUCCCAGGCAACAGUUCCCGCAGCUAUCGGGGUCUCAGCAGGCAAGGAGAAGGGGGUGAGGAGAAUCCAGAGCCCCUUUGGAAAUGCCGUCCGCGCCCUUGGGGGAGGGGAGCCCAUUCGACCGAGCCCGAUGCACGUGCGCGGCCGAGCUGCCGGUGUGUCUUCAACGGGAAAGGCCCGGGCUGUGGUGCGCUGGCCGCAUGGUCGUGCCCAGCCUUGCAUUCACAGGGUGGGGGUCAAGCACGUUCUGUUGAGCAAGGUCGAGCGAGCAUGGCGAAAGGGCGGGUGAGAAAGGGCCUUUGCCGUGUGCAGAAGAGACGGUACGGGCUACGCAGCUUGCGGUGGUGGUCAUGGCGAUGUGCAUCUGAGUUGGAAACCCUAGCUUGGUCUGCCAAUAAGUAUCAGAAACCACGCCUCGAGGUGUGGAUGCAUCCAUUUUCCUCUUGGCUUAGUAUCUGAGAGGCUUAGACCCUCUCUCGCUGGGGCCAGUCAGGCCCCUUGCCGUUGCCGAGGGGGCUCAAGCUCAACUGGGAGAGCUGGCGGCGGUUGCACAGCAUUAGGUGGGAAGUCAGCACUUGCGUGAGGAAAGACGUAUCAGAUUCGGCAGCUGUGUCAUCAUGCUUGGGGGUCAUGGCCUGACAUGACAUCGACCAUCAGCCAGCUCCCAAAUUAUCACUUUUUUUGCUUCUCCUCAUUUGCCCCUUGUGCACGUCUCCCGCUCGUGAAUUUGUUCCCCAGCAGAAGUCUCAUUUUUGACGGCAUGAUAAUUGCUGCUGAUCCUUUCCUCGUCAAGAAACCCCGAGGAGGGGUUGAGAGUAGCACGUAACACGCAUGCAAAGCUUCACGGGAAUUGAGUUGACCCACAGCCAUGACGAUGGUAGCAACAGCUUGGUUGCUUGACUUUUAAUGUUGCAUACAUACACACAUACAUAGAUGUAUGCGUCUUAACCUCCAAAGACGCCGAUAUAUCCCAAGAAAAGUAACGCCCCCCUCCUCAGAACACCUAGACCACCUCGACGUGGCCAAUCAAGAGACAGUCUCUUUCCGAGGAAAAAUCAAUGAAAAUAACAAACUCCCGCGCAAAGCGAUAGUGAUAUGGGUAUAAUAUAAGGAUGCCUCGCUGGCUAGCAGCGGGAUAGCGCGAGAAAUGAAAGAACCGGUCCAACGAGUAACUCCUGCCGAGACAGAGAAGUGUGUGUGUGUGUGUGCAAGGGGCUCUGUUUGUGGGUGAGAGUCUGUCCGGCGGCCAUUGCUGCAGCAUGCAUGCA